GCUAUUUGUUACCGAAUAGAGAUUAGCAAUGCACGUCGUGCCAUCGUAGCUAGAUGCACUCCGCUCAUGGAGACUAGACGUGGAGCACGCCCUGUGUUCUCUCGAGUACGAUCCAACGACCACUGCCAGACAGGAUUGGGACUAUUUCCCAACAGCUCGACACACAGUUCCAACUUGAAGCGCUUGCUUUUAACGUUCCUAGACCACACCUUUAAACACCUUCUGCCUGUCAUAGCUAGUACGAAGCUCAGCAAAAACCACCCUAAUCGACACAAGCUACACCGGCAAGCACUUAGAGGACCACACUGUGAGCACAGUUGUGUAAGUAGCCUUCAUCUUUCUUUGCACUGACGAGUACGUCUUCGAUUCCACCAACAUAGAGUUUGUUAUAUUACUUACAAUCACAACCUACUCCUACACCUAGUAGUACCCGUAUUUCUGAUCGAAAUUAGACGCACUCAAAACUACCUGUUAAUUUUUCCUACUAUUUCCUCCGUCCUUGUCUACAACGAAAAGCGAAGAAAUUGACUCCGAGGUUGUUCUCGUCGUGCAGUAUAGUAAAUUUCUACCCGAAACAAAAAUGGCCCCGUCUGUAUUUACGAAGUUGGCAGCCGCUGGCGCCGUUGCCGGCAGCUCGGUGCUUUUCUCCUCGUUGCUGAACCUGACGUCGACUGAAGUGAGCCUCGUUUCGGCGGUGCGGGUUCAAGCGUCUUCUUCGGCGGAGUCGCGUGGUCGGUCCGCCUCGCCGGAUC